AUGGAGCCAAACAUUUCCUCAUGGGUGCAAGCCUUUGCCGGACACGUCCAGAGGCGUCACACAGUCCCCGGCCCUGAGUCGGUUGCGAGGACUGGUGCGCUGCAGGAGCAUAUGCAUGGGGAUGAAGGACCAGCAGAUGUCGUUUGCGAUAGGCCUGAGACCCUCCACUCCAAGCGUGCUUUGGAAUGCAACGCUACUAACGACCGUUCACUCCCACUGUCCCACAACAUGUAG